AUGGCGGCCACAGGGACAUUCAGAGCGGCUGAGAAACCAAGACAACUGUUGGAAGUCAUGAUGAAGGAGAGGACUAUAAAGAGAGCAACGCCCAAGCUCCAAGAAGAACCGGUAUUCGCGGGACCGACUCCAUUAACGACAGAUGAGCUGAAGGACCCAGAUUUGGUGGAAAUUUUCGACGACGAAAAGGCUGAAAACAAGGCAAGAAAGGCCGUGUAUAAGUCGAAUAAAAAGGCCAUGUACACGCUGGUCAUGGCAAAUAUUUCAGAGGCGACAAAGACUAAAGUUAAAGCGCGCAACGACUUCACAGCAGAAGAUGAAGCCAUGAACCUGGUGUGGCUCAUUGGAGUACUGGACGACAUCAUGACAGGUUUCGAAGAGGGAGUACUGCCCGACGAGGUGGCCAUGGACAAGCAACUGACCAAGAUCACUACAAUGAGACAGAAACCCGAUGAGUCGAACGAAGCUUUCAUCAAGAAGAUCACUCGCGAGAUCAAGGUCUAUGAAAGGCAUGGCGGAGUUUUUCGCUGGGGUGAAAAUGAAGAGAAGAAGUUGGAAGCUGCAGUGGCCAACGCAAAUGAUGUAUACAAGUCGGCAAACGGACAAGAUAUGGGAGCGAGUCUCCGAAAGGAGACCAUUCGUCAGCAAAAGAAGAUCAUCAAGGAAAGGAUUCUAGCGGCAGCAAUCCUAACUCGAUCUGACGACACGCGCUUCAAGUCUUUGAUGACCUCGUUGAAGAAUGAUUUUCUCACCAAGGUCGAUCGAUUCCCCAAGAGCGUGGCGUCCACUAUGAAGCUACUGGACAACUACAUCAGUCCGUCUCACACACAAGGAUCUCCAAGACCACAGCCACGGCCACGUGGAGGAGCGAGGCGAUCCACAUCUGUGGCGUUCUUGCAGACAUCUGGAAACGACCAACUAUCGACGCUGACGGAACCAAGAUCUCACAAGACGCUUCUGCAACUUCUGAACAGGAGUGAGUCCACGGACAACAUUUUUCAGAACAAGGAGUUUUUGACAGAUGUGAAACAGACUACUAACGGUGAGAGUUUGAGGCUUGUCAGUAAUGGAGGCAGCCUCGACACCACACAGAAAGGCCUCCUUGGAAAUCUUCCUGUGUGGUUCAACCCAAAUUGUCUGGCAAAUAUUUUGUCUUUGGCCCUUGUCACUGAACAUUAUCGUGUGACAAUGGACUCUGAUAUCGACAACGCUCUGCUCGUUCAUGUCUCGGCUGGAUACAUCAUGCGUUUUGUAUGCAUAGAUAUGUCUAAGUUAAAGAAAGCUUUCUGUUUCGUAAACACAGUAGCCAUGAACAAGCGCCUAUUCAAACAGCGAGACAUUCGAAAGGCGGACGAAGCUAUUACUCUCAACCGAAGGAUCAAUCAUGUUGCCAAGGACAAAUUUGCACGCAUUGUGAAAAAUAACUGGAUCCGGAACUGCCCAGUCACAAUCAACGACGUUGAAAGGUCCCAUGUAAUCUACGCCCCCCCAGUACCACCCAUCAAAGGACGAACCAGGUACCAAUCUUCGUCACGAGUACCGGACACGGAAGUUAUCCCAAUCCCGAAGGGCCUUUACAUGGACCUCAAGAAUGUGACGGUUUGCGCCGACUUCUACUAUGUAGACACCGUCGCCGUUUUCCACACAAUCUCUCGAAAGCUUGACUACCGCACUGUCUCUUUCCCUUUGAGCCGAUCCAAAACAUCCAUAGUGUCCGAGAUCGCGGAAAUGUGCAAACGAAUCCAGGGGUUUCCGUGUUAUAGAACUACACGCAGAUAA